CCUGUGGAAAGCAUUACCGGUGUUUUGGGGUUUCUCAGAAGUUGAUGAAUCAGUGUCGUUCGGUUUUCGUUGCUAUUGUUGGUGUUUUUAGUUUUCGUGUGGAACUGAAGGAUAUUUGGAUUUUGAGGCAAUCUGGUGUUGUAAUCGGAUAGAGAAGAUUUCGGAAAAAGCUGUGUUUGAGAGCGGUAAAGUUCAAAAUGAUGUUCUUUCGGAUAACAGCAAUUCUGCUGUUAUCAGUAAGUGCCUUGGCUGCAAAAGAAUCACAGUCCAAAUCAACAGUAAAGUCGUCGUCAGCAAAAAUUUCGGCUAAAGGACCUCAUGGUAAACGUGAAGUGGCAUCAGAAUACGGACCGAUGGAAUUUAUUGCUCCGACCAUUUCUGGUUUCACGUAUGGAAUGCCUCAACCAUUGUUCAACAUUCCCCAUUACACUGGCUAUAGAUACUACUCAUCACCAUACAAGUUUUCACAACCAUCGCUCUUCUCUCCAGCAAGUCAACAAGAUUUCCAUACCUUUCCGAAUAGCCCGGUGAAAUACAGUAUCAGCUCUAAGGAGCUUUCGGAAAUUAUUAAAGCGUUACAAUCACCUAAUCCUGCAUUAACCAUUCGAGCAGUACCGACCAGUAGUGGAUGGGACAACACACUCGGUUACGACCCGACUGGUCAUUACAAAUCACCGACGCUAAAAUUUCACGAAACUUUACCGUCAACCUACGGAAUCCCACAUUCAACCCCCUCGAAUUCGUAUCUUCCUGCAAACUAUGCAGCUCAUCCGAACACAGCCGAUGAGCCAUUAUUUGCCAAUGGAGUCAAGGGAGUGCGCCACUACGCCUCCUCAUCAAACUCCCACGUGCCAGAUCUCUACACCGGAAAUAAGUACAUUUCUGCAAUCAAACCGCUGUAUUACCCUGCUCAAGCCGUAUCACAGUUACAUACAAACAUCCACACUCAAAAACCUUUCAAACCAUCCACCUAUCUAGGAUCGACAAACGAGAUAUCCGAUUAUUCCCAUAGCCAGCCAGCCACAUCAUCGUCCUUCCACAAUGCAUAUCUUGCUCCGGCUCUACAAUAUCUACCUCCAAAAGUGGACAACAAAGUUACUUACGAACAACCCACGAAGUCGUACCUGCCGCCGGUACAAUCGAAACCCACCAAUAGCUAUCUUCCGCCGAAACCAUCUAACACGUACCUUACGGCGGCUCCGAGCAAUCCAAAUUAUAUUUCUAUCAGUUCUCACGAAAACGAUGGCAAACAGUACCAGCACUAUCAUUCACACAGUUUGGAGGAAUCCAACGAAUCUAUCGAAUACAGUGGAUCACACUCAACGACUGCCAAACCGCAUCACCAUCCGUGGCAGCCGUAAAGAUCUGCUGGCCGACUGUUUGCCCAAAGACUUUCUAUUCGUGAAGAUACGUUACAGAAACAAUAAUUAUAUUAGAAAUAGAGUGGUUCUAAUAACUUAUAGAUAGAGUUUAGCGUAGAUAAAAGUAUAUUCUCAGCAAAACAUUACUUAGCCUUGUGGAGAAGAUUCGACUAUUGCCAUUACUUCAUUGCGAUUUAUGUAGAUUUGUAUCAUAUUUCAAUCGAACUAUAAAGGACAACUUUAGAGUCGAUGUAAACUCUCGAAAAGAAUUAUGGAAAACAAUAAUUCAAUAACCAACUCAACCUGCUUGCGAAGAGAGAAAAAACGAUCUUGUGUUGCAUAAUCCUAGAGAAG